CCUGCCUCUUUGGUUGUCUUAUCUCUGCUUUUCUCUUCGACUUGAUCUGCAACUCUUUUUUUUUUUGGACAACUCAUUAACUUUAAAUUAUACGGAAAAUUUUAUGCAGUGUCUCAAGCAAAUGGAUUUCGUGGAUAGCCAAUUCUCAUUCCAUGAUGGUCCUGAAAAUCCUCCGACCAGUGUAUUGUUUGGACCCAAGGCGAUGUCAACUAAAUUGUACCAGCUCUCCCCGCCUGAGGUAACACCCUGAACACCCAAUCUUCAAUUUACAUCCAUUAUUCGUUGACUUAGUGACGAGAAGCUGAAGUGGCAAUUUUGUUUAGCAAUUACAAAGGUGUAGAUCUAAUUCCCAAAUAUGUUGUUGUGCUUGGAAAACCCCCAUAUUGUAAACAGUUUAACCCUUUCGCUUUCUUCUAGUAAGCUGAUUCUUUGUUCUCCCCAAGAUCAAAAUGUUACGAUGGACCCAGUAACUGAAAUUGAAAUUGCUUAAUUAACUAAAUGCUAAAGUUGAUAAGCGACACAAAAGGUCAACAUUUAGAAUUGCUGAUGAAUUGCAAGGGUUAAGAUAAUCUACUACUACUGUCCUUUGCUGCAGGAUUUAACACUGGGAAUGAUGCUUAUAAGGCCCUGCCCUCUCUUCAACGAUGCGGAAACAGAAGCUGAAAUAGCCCUGACAAGCGAAAAAUACGGAUCAGUUCCUCGAGCUUAUGUUGUCUGUGAAGCAGACGAAAUUAUCAAGCCGCAUCUGCAGAGGUGGAUGAUCGAGAACAACCCAACUGACGAUGUCAAACCCAUAUCUUCUGCUGAUCACAUGGCAAUGUUCUCAAAACCACAUGAGCUCUGCACUUACCUUUUGGAGCUUGCCAGCGAGUAUGCUUGAUGAGUGAACGAUUGCCUCUGGCUUCGCCGCCCGUGGUAAAAGUGGAUCUGGCAAAUUUAUAGAGUGCUACUGAAGUGUAAUUGUAUGUUGUGGAUAUCUUAAUGUGAAAAAGGCGAAACCUUUCUGACGGCUGACGGAGCAGGGUUCCUUUCUCUUCUUUAAUUAAGCGGCCGUUGCUCCAUGUCUGGAGAAGCAGCAGAGUUCCUUUCUCUGCUUAGUGACAAACGAAAACAAAUGUGUAUGAAAUAUGAAAUCAUAUUUCUCGUUCCAGAAGCAAUAUAAAUUCAUUGUACUCGUUCUCUUACAGGAAUUAUGGUUGGUUGGUUCUUUUUUGCAGAUUGACAAAAUUUGAGGAACUCUGCGGCAAUCACAAUGACUUUUCCUAGGUCACUUGCUUAGAAAGAACUAUCUUUUCCAGUUGAAGGAGAGAUCAUUAUAAUAGGGUGCUACAGUCCAACUCGAUAUUCCAAGGUGUGGCUCCAAGUAACCUUGAAGGUUCUCCGAUUCUUCAACCUUAAUAACCUUUGUUUAUGGACGAAAGGUAAAAUUUUCGAAUUAUGCUCCUUCCUCUUGCGGGCUUUCAUUAUACGCAAUUGCAGAAGUUGCAUAAUUUUUCUGACCAAGUGGGACUGGCCGCACUGGUCGCCCUGACGGGUGUUCCUAUUGGUAGUCAAUAGACGUUUCUGGUUGCUGAUUGGACUCUGCUAUGGACUUUUUCAAGUACCAGGAGAUAGUUCUGGACUUCUGGUGCUGAGGUUCAGGAAUUGUCAAACUUGGUGCGUUUCCUGUCACUUCAAAGGUCAUGUUAGCAUGGCCCAGCGAGUAGGCACUAGGCAGGUUAAGUAGUAAUUCAAACUGUAGUUAUUACGAAUUGGGUCAUUCUGGAUAGUCUGAUAUACCCGAAGGAUUUAUUGUUUUGACAGGAUGGACGUUUGGCAUUAUUAGUGGAAACUUAUGAUUUCAGCCAAAGGACAAAGUGGGUUAUCUUGUGAUGGUUUGGAAGUUUGUGGACUGCGUAGCAUCAUCCCAAGGAGAAGGGAAAUAUCAUAAUUUGAGGGGAAGUUGGGAGUUUCUGUAAGCAGAGAAGAGCCAGAUGGAGGAGGAGAAACAGAGUCGUCAUCAUCAUCAUCAUUUCGUGCUGGUCCAUGGAGCUUGCCAUGGAGCUUGGUGUUGGUACAAGGUUGUUCCUUUACUGAAACAAGCUGGCUAUAAAGUGACCGCUCUCGACUUGGGCGCUUCUGGGAUCCAUCCAAAGCAGGUUACCGAGAUGGGUUCGGUCUCGGACUACCUCGCGCCGCUGAUGGAGUUGAUGGCUUCCUUAACAGGAGAAGAAGAGAAGGUGAUCUUAGUUGGACAUAGUAUGGGUGGUGUGCGAUAUCUGUAGCAAUGGAAAAUUUUGCAGAGAAAGUAGCUGUUGCAGUGUAUGUAGCGGCUAUUAUGCCAGCUCCUCAUCCCGGUGUCGGCUACUCUUUUCCAAGAGAAGAGGUGCUUUUCCCCUUCUCUUUCUCGUUCUUUGUUGGAUAAAUUGGUUUUUCAGUUUCACAUCGUAUUAGAGUGUUUAAUCAACUUUGGAUUUGAGUAUAAAGUUGCAAACUUUUAUCCGUUUUGGGUACAAUAAGUUGCAGACUUUUAGUUUACCCAUCUUUCUCCGAAUAACUCCUACCCCUUUGGUGGUCUUAUCGUUGCUUUUCUCUUGGACUCGUUCUGCAAUUCAUUAACUUUCGUAGUACGGAAAACUUCUAUGCAGUGUCUCAAGCGAAUGGAUUUCAUGGAUAGCCACUUCUCAUUCCACAAUGGUCCUGAAAAUCGUCCGACCAGCAUGCUGUUUGGACCAAAGCUGAUGUCAACUAAAUUGUACCAGCUCUCCCCACCUGAGGAUUUAACACUGGGAAUGAUGCUAAUAAGACCCUGCCCUCUCUUCAACGAUGAGGAAACAGAAGCUGAAAUAGCCCUGACAAGCGAGAAAUUUGGAUUGGUUCCUCGAGUUUACGUCGUUUGUGAAGCAGACGAAAUUUACAAGCCGGAUCUGCAGAGGUGGAUGAUCGAGAACAACCCAACUGACGAUGUCAAGCCCAUAUCUUCAGCUGAUCACAUGGCUAUGUUCUCAAAACCACAAGAGCUCUGCAAUUACCUUUUGGAGCUUGCCAGCAAGUAUACUUUGUGAAUGAACGAUUGCCUCUUGGCUUUCCCCUCCCAUGGUAAAAGUUAAUCUGGCCAAUUUAUAUUACUACUGAAUUGUGAUUGUAUGUAGAGGUGGUGGAGUUGGAUGAGCUAAUAUGGUUCAAUCGUUUCAAAAUAAUGCAAUUGGAUUAAAUAAUUUGGUUUGACAACACAAAAUGUGGAUGUAAUAAUUGUGAUGAAAAAAUUUAAAUUGUCUUGUUUUUGUAUAAGUUUGAGGUCGUUUGAAUGAUGAAAUUUGAUGAGACAGUUUGGUUCAAUUGUCUCAAAAUGAAGCGAUUAGGUCAAAUAGCCACGUUUGGCAACACUAGAUGUGGAUGCAACAAUCGGGAUGAGUCAAUUUGAAUGGUUUUGUAUUUGCAUAAUUUUAAAUUGACAAAGAAAAGAUAAGUAGUGUAAAACGAUACAUUUUAUAAGACAACUAUGAGAUGAGACAAUUGUGAGACAAUUGGAUAAAAUUACCUCGUUUCGGAAAUUUACCAUCCAAACGAACCAUAUGGUGAGUCUUAAUUAGCUAGAAUGUGAGACUACUGGAGUCGUUACUUUUUACAAAGAAAUUUAAUAUGAAAAAUUCUUUAAAAUUAUAAGUAUUAUACAUGACUCAUAAUAGUUGCAAUUGGUUUUAUUAAGAUGGGAAACAAGAUAAUAAAAUAUUAAAUGUAAGAGCAAAUGACAACAUUAUACAAAUGGCCAUUUAAAAAUAACUCAUCUAAUAAACAAACAAUACAUUUGUAAAUGUAUACAGUCACAAAUUUUACAUUUCUCAAAUGUCUAUAUUUGAGCAAAUCACUUUUUUUUUGUAAUAACUCAUGCGAAAAAAUAAGUUACCUUUCAUAAAUAUAGAAUUAUGCAUAGUUAUCCGUAACCUGUUAUGCAUUCAAAUAUCUUGAGUAUGCUUUUUCGACUUCAUAUUACACAACCAUUCUAGUUUUUGUGCUUAUUUUCUUGGGUGACUUACACAUUCUUAAUAAAAACAUAUCAUUUUUUUUAAUUAAUCAAACUUCAUCUGUUAUCCAAAACAAACAACAAUCCUAUAGGCUAUGCCCAUUUUAAGUUUUCAACCAUCUAUCAACUAACAACUAUUUUCCAAUCUUAGCACGUAGUAAUCCAACACUAAAUGACUAAAUCUACCCAAACCCACAAACUAACAUCAAACUAGGCAAUGUUUUGCCAUUUCCAAACGAAUCACGCAUCGACAUGUUGGAUUUCGUCGUUACAAUAGCUACAUAUACUUAUCCAAAAGUGUUCUUCCCAAAUUUGCCUAGUUGCACACUAAAUUAAGCUUUUUGAUAGGCCUAUAUAUAAGGCUUUCUCUACAUAUUUUCCUCUCAUUCGUAAAAAACCAAUUAUCAUCGUAUAUGUAAAGCAUCACUCACUAAGUUAACACUAUAUAUAUUGGCAGGAGCUUCUAGGUUCUUGAGUUGUUCUAUUGCAUAAGGUAUGAGUUCGAAGUUCGUGGGUCGACGAGCAAUGCAAGGAAUUUCAGAGGAUUAUGAGACCAGUAUGGCUUUGAAAGAUUCCUCAUCAUCAUCAUCAAAUAGUACGAGUAAUCACUCCUGUGCCACCACUAAUUUGAAUAGCAGAAUGAUGAAAGAAUGUAAAAAAGUUAAGCAGGUGGAAGAGUCACUUCGAAUUAUUAUGUACAUAAGCUGUUGGGCUCCCGGAAUGAGUUAGGAUGGUUACUAAUUUUUUAGUUGCCAUCGUGGCUACCUACAUCUCCACCCUUCAUUCUCAAUAUUUUUAAACCGACUAUCAUGAUUAAAUAAGGAUAAUUUUGGGAAAAAAAUAAUAACCACACUAGAUUAUU